UGCUGAGAAAAAAUGGCAACUACGAAUCAUGAAAAAUACAGUAGAUUAGUACUAAUGUUGGUACGUGGGGGCACGAAAAUCACAAGGGCUUUAUUGGAGAAGCGUAUAAAAGACCUAACACCACAAAAUCAUGAACCAGAUCCUUGGACAAUCGACCAGUUCCUAAAUGCAAAUAAACAGAAAAUAAUCGGCACUCAAACAGGCAGAGCUAAAGAACGUAUGCUUUUUCCCGGAACAACUUGCACAAACGUUGAAGACUGGGACUUAUAUAUGUUUUGCUUCGUCUUGAUUGAUAUAUGUGGUGUUUUCCGCACAGUGCGCAUGGAUGUGGAUCAGUUGCGCAAGAUAAGAAACAAACUGUGUCACCUUAACGAGCCAAGUAUAAACAGUGAGAAGUACGAACAUUACGUUGACAAGAUAGAAGUAAUUUUUGACAGGUUACUUGCGGAACUCAAUGACCGGCACCUUAUGAUAGCAAUAGCCGAAAUACUUAAAGCAGCAAAGGAAGAACCCUUAAGUUUUAAAGAAACACUCAUCGUGGUGCAUAAAUUCUUUUCAAUGGAUGCUGAGACACGGGAAAUACUAUCGCAACAAAGCAAAGAUAUCGAAAACGUUAUGGAAAAGGUAAUGGAAUUGAACUCAAAGGUAGAUUUGUUACUCCAGGAUCGUGUGCAUGAUGCCAAUGAGAUAGUCGAAGUUCCAGGUAAAAAGAUAUAACUAAUUUA